AGGUGCUUACAGCUGGUCGCAGACAGCGACUCACAUGAUGUGGCACCCCAAAGACUGGCUGCGCUUGAUGCAGAGUUCCCAGCUGCCGCAGAACGUGGCCGACGACAGCAUCUCCAGGCCUGCAUAUGUCUUGGAUGCCAAGACCGGGCUGACCAUGCAGUUCACCAUCCCCUCCAUUUGCCCCAGCCUGGGUGAAUUGCAAAUGAACAAUGGCAAUGUCAAGCGGCAAAAGCAGCUGCUGUGCCAUCCGUUGCGAAAGUUCUUGGAGGAGUGUGCAAGCGAGUGGGAUGAGUAUGGCAAGGCCUGGAAAGCGGAAGAUCCCAGUUUGAAGGAUCCGCCGCCAUAUCCCUACACUCAAAAGAUGGUGGAAGACUACCUUCGUCGAUCCGAGCAAUGAGCCGCGUGGAAAAUCAA